UCUGCGUCAUCACAGCAGGCAGUCACUCCUUACACCCCGAAAGUGUGUUAUGAGGGCUCUGUUAGAAAGGUGAACCUGGGUUUAUACCUCUAAAAACAAGAGUUUAACCCUGCUAAAUGCCAGCCUGGUCGCUCAGACGGACCUUCAUUUCAUGGCAAUGUUCUCCAGCCAGAUGACUUCCACUCCUUUCUCAGUGCGGGACAUACUGAACCUGGAGCAGAAUCAGGAGGACUUGGUGUCUCUGGACAUGUCUCAAAAGCUGGACAGUGCACUUAUUCCGACCUCAUCCUGCAUGCUGUCCACUUUCAAACAAGAGCAGUACAUGGACAUGCCAUCCGGAGCCUCUCUCUUCACCGAAGACCUUCUGGACGUCAGAGGCACCAAAAACAGCCCUCUGAACUUCUGUAACGCUGCUUUUUAUGGGAAAAAUGUCCUAGAAAUAGACUAUGUUAAAGGCGCAAAGACGGAUGACACGUUUGAAGAAAAGGAGAAAAAAGACAUAAGCUGUUCUCAGGAAGAUCCAAGUGAAGAUGUGAAGCUGGAUGAUGCGGAUCGACCCAAACAGAGGAAAAGGAGGAAGCCUCGGGUUCUGUUCUCUCAAGCGCAGGUGUACGAGCUGGAGAGGCGCUUCAAACAGCAGAAAUACCUCUCUGCACCUGAUAGAGAUCAUCUAGCCAGCGUGCUCAAACUCACUUCCACACAGGUCAAGAUCUGGUUCCAGAACCGACGCUAUAAGUGCAAGAGGCAGCGUCAGGACCAGACCCUGGAGAUGGUGGGCAUCGCGCCUCCGAGACGCAUCUCGGUGCCGGUUCUGGUUCGGGAUGGAAAGCCGUGCAUGGGCGACGCUUCCACAUACAACACAUCUUACAACGUGGGGAUCAAUCACUUCACUUACAACAGCUACCCUGCGUUUAGUAAUUUCCCGAGUCCGGGCAACACAAACUACUCAUGCAACUACCCACCGAGCAUGUCCUCCAUCCAGCCCACACAGUCCAACAACAACUACAUCAACUUUGGAGUUGGGGAUCUAAAUAACGUGCAGGCUCCGUUUCAGUCCAGCAGCGGGGUUCCCUCACUACACGGCAUCCGUGCUUGGUGAAAAUUAGAAAUAAGAACUUUUAAUGCAUGCAUCAUUUCUAUUGACAUU